AAAUAUCACAGUUAUCUUAGUCAUUGAGAUUGUUUCGAAAUUUACCAUUUUAUUUUGUUUUUAUUUGAAAACUAUUUCGACUUGAUUUUGUAUUGAAUCAGUAUUCUCAAGAUGUCUGGAUUUUUCAAGAAGAAACCAACCAUUGAACAACAAAUUAGAGAAAAUGACAGAACAACAAAAAGAACUCAGAGAGGUGUUGAAAGAGAUAGAGCUAAUUUAGAAAAAGAGGAGAAGAAAAUUGAAAUGGAAAUAAAGAAAGCUGCCAAACAGGGAAAUAAACAGGCUGCCACCAUAUUAGCUAAACAGUUAGUUGCCUUAAGAAAACAGAAGACAAAAACAUAUGCAGUUAAUUCAAAAAUAGGUGCAAUAGGUAAUCAACAAAAGUUAAUGCAUUCUAAUAUGAAAAUGGCUAAUGCAAUGGGAACAACAACAAAGACUAUGGUAGAAAUGAAUAAAGUUAUGGAUCCACAAAAAACAAUGAAAAUGAUGCAAGAUUUUGAAAAAGAAUCUACUAAAAUGGGAAUGACUGAAGAAAUGAUUGAUGAUACAUUAGAUGAUAUAUUAGCUGAAUCUGGUGAUGAAGAAGAACAAGAUGCUAUUGUCAGUCAAGUUUUAGAUGAAAUUGGUAUUGAAUUAUCAGGAAAAAUGGUGAAUGCCCCAUCAGCACAUAGAGGACAAUUAGGUGAAUCAUCUAAAGCCAAAGGUGUGUCAGAUGAUGAUAUAGAAAAACAGUUAGCAGCAUUAAAAGACUUAUAGUUCAACCCUCCUAUGUUUUUAAUUGUUAAGUUUAUGUGUAUAUAAUGCAAUAAAUGCUGGUUUUUGUAUAUAUUCUUUAUUUGACAUUUGAUAUAAAGGUGAUAUUAAACUGUUACCAGAAAUCUUCAGGAUAUAAUGUGAUUGUAUUAUAAAAUUGUUUGUGUGUAUACAUGUAUUAUAUUUAUACAAAGAAAUUGGGGUAAAAUGGUCUGAUAAAUCAAGUACUGCCAAUUUCAAAAUCUUUCAAGUAUUCAUUAAAUAAAUUCACUUUCAAAUGAAUUUAUUUAAUGGUUGGUUGUAACUUAUACUGCGAGUACAGACUGAAAAUAUCACAUUAUUUACAAGAUAUUUUCAAUGUUCAAUUCACAAUUUAUUUUCUAAAUUGUAUAAAGAUCUUCUUUCGAAUCAUAGCGUACACUGUAAUAUGUAGGUGAUUUUUUAUAUAAAGCCAGUUUUCAUAUGCAUUCAACUUUGGUUUAAAUUGUGCAUCAGUUUUUUUGUGUAAAGAAAUCUGCCUAUUAGUUGUGAACUAUUUAUAAUCUGUCCAUAUGACUUUAUAAAAUGUUUUUGAUUUCUU